AUGCGUGUUCUCAGUCUUCUAUAUGCAGCGCUGCUGAGCGCAUGUGGCGCACAAGCGCUGCGCUCAGACAAGGUCAAGCUCUCCAAUAUCCAGAGCCUCACACUGCGCAAGGGACUCGAUACUUCGCAUCGUCGCGUCUCUGCUGUACCUCAGCUUUCAUGCAUAGGCGGCAACGCUAAAGGCCUCUACGAUGUCGACGUAAUGCGUUGCAAGAACUCCGGUGCCGAUUAUGACUCCGAAAAUAUACAAUGGACGUGCACUGCUUCGCUACCCGAAGAGUUCAAGUUGGGCUCCACAGACGUUUUCUGUGAAGGCUACGACUACCCAGAAGACCCUUACAUUCUGAAAGGAAGCUGUGGCGUUGAAUACAGACUGGUCUUGACAGAUAAGGGUCACGAGAGAUAUGGCAAAGGAAAUGGGGACCACUGGUGGGGAGGAGACGACGAGGGCCGUGGCAGAGACGGACCGAAAACACUAGGCGAAAAGGUCGCGGCAGCACUCUUCUGGAUGGUCUUCAUUGGUGUUGCGGGUUGGAUAGUGUUCAACAUUAUUCGUCAGUGGGGUCAAGGCCCUGCAGGUGCCGCAGGCGCCGCCGGUAAUCGACCCGGCUGGGGAGGCGGUGGUGGAGGCUGGGGUGGAAACGACGACAACGACGACCCACCUCCCCCUUAUGACUACCAAGGACAGCCGGGCAAAGGCUCAUACGGCACAAACCAACCUCAAGGAUGGAGGCCCGGUCCAUGGUCCGCUGCACUAGGUGGAGCUGCAGCUGGAUACGCAGCGGGGCGCAUGGGGAACAGGGGCAACCAGACCAACAGCGGUUGGGGCAGUAACAACGGUGGAUGGAAUAAUGGAGAGGGCAGCUCGAGGUCGUCUUCUGGAUCCGGAGCCAGCUUCUCUAACACAAGGCAUGAAAGCACAGGCUUUGGCUCGACCUCGAGGAGAUAG